GCGUGGAAUCACAACAGCCAAACCAUCCUGCCCGCUUAUCAGAGGUUCCGAGCAGAUGGCAACAUAAUCCUAACUGUUCUAGCUCGGGGAUCAGGCUAAGGUCGGUCCAAGUGGCGGUGCUCUGCGUCAACCGUUCUUUCCAUUGGGUCGCAGGCGCUGCCGCCAACUUAGGUACACGAUCCCCCGCAUACCUACGGCUAGCUUAGGUAGUGUUGUACGUACUAUUUUCAGUUCUUCUCACAAAUCUGCCAGACUUCUCAUAAAACUGGAUCUUUCACGGCUGAUUGGGCCCAUGCUGCGCCGUCUACGACAAUUGCGAUUCACCACGCGUUGGCAUAAGUAUCAUUACUCCUAUGUCUCCGAAAGAGACAAACUCAACAUCAAUCACGAUUUAUACUCAACAGGUUCAAGACGGCCUCGAUCAUAUACUCAUUGUGUACACACCAUGCCUCCGUUGUAAUAACUCCACCAACUGCCUUCGCAUCGUGCAAUUACAAAUCUACAACAUGGUGAACACUGUCGCCUUACUCUUCAUUUCGCAAAUAUUAUCGCACUCACACGGCCUCCCAACUACGAAAUCGACGCAUGACAAUAUUGAGCACGCAUCAAAGGGCUGGUCGACCGAAGCCAUAAUAGCUGUGGUCGGAGUGUUGGUUGCUAUGAUAUGCUGCGUCAUCAGCCUGGUAUGGCCGAGGCGAUGGAGGUUGAUAGGUUCCCGAACCACCUGCAAUACCGGUAAGCUCAUCGCCAUUCACAAGGCUGGAAAAAACUCAUCCACACAGUGCCUCAAACAGAACUCGGAUCACCCGUACAAAUAUCCAGAAAUUCACAGGAUCAUUGUCGGUCACCUUCAAGACGGUAUUAUCGAUGCGCUGUCUACACUGAAUAUGGCGAAAUCAGGCCAUGACGAUACAGUACUAACGUAGUUCACAAGCGAGCGGUCCAACCCAAGCGAGCGGUCCAUCC